ACUUGCUAGUUGCUAGCCUCGGCGUGUUUCCCGAACUUAAACUGACCCGGUGUUUCGGUUUAUAAGGCGACCCCGUGAACUGGGUCAAAACCUUCUCGCAUAAACCUUGCUUGGGGUCCUUUCUCAAUAUGCCCUCGCUAUUAAAGCAAACGGGUCCACUCGCGUUUGUAACCUUGAUUAUCAGUUGAAUUUAUUAAGCAGAAAAAGAUGACAUUUGGCGGCAUUCACGAGGACUAUAGUACGCGGUCUCCUCCGAUAGCCAGCAGCUGUAACUAGGACAACCACUGACGCGUUCGGCUGAUAGUCUCCAGUUGACACGGUCACGAGAAAAACCGAAACACCGCCAUGACGACGGACUCCUCACUCCUCAACUCUGAGCUGGAGUUACAGCAGCAAGAGGAGCUGUAUCAGCGGCUGCUGCUGCAGACGAUGGGAACGAUGCCAACUGAAAAUCCAGAAUCCAAAGUAAUCCGACCACAACCUGGCAUGUGUGUGAAGACUCUCUCGCAUCCAGGCCAGCAGAAGAUCUUCGUCAACAUCUGCCAGUCAAACUCGGUCCCGCUGCCUCCGGAGAUCUCCAGAGAGGAGCUCGUGGAGCUGCUCCGAUCGGAGGAUCCCAGCGGCUACAGAGUUCCCAUGAGCCUCGGCGAGCCACACACCGAAUUGGACAACAACUCUCAGGGAUGCACAGCGUACGAUGUGGUCGUCAACCAGGAGUUCUUCCAGAAGUGCCAGGAGGACCCCUUGUUCCAGCAGUUUGUUAUUUUGGUGUCUUUGGAGGGUUUGGAGAACAAAUACAAUCUGGAGCUAAGUCGAGACUGGAAGGUGUUGAAGAACAGGAAGUUCCUCGGUUCCGUCAGCGAGCAGAACAUCCGGACGAAGAGCCGGCCGGUGAUCCAGGAGCUGCAGGAGGAUUCCACCGCGACGGCCAGAAGACCAGAGUUCACGCUGCUCGUGGAGCCCCCUGCUGGUGACCCCGAGUACCUCAUUGCAGAAAUACAGCUCCCCGGAGUGCCGUCGGCUCGCUCUCUGGUCCUGGACGUCGGGGAGGACCGCCUGGCGCUGACCGCUCGGCCCUCGCUCUUCCACCUCGACGUCUUCCACGCCUUCCUCGUCGACCAGGAGAACAGCGUGGCGCAGUACAACAAGAGCACCCAGGUCCUGACAGUCACGAUGCCCGUGGUGUCCUCAUGAAACUAAGGAAGUCCUGUUAUUUAUUUUCUGUUCAAAAGAAACUGAUGCUUUGAUAAUAAAGUGUUUUCUUUUUCUA